AUGGUAUUAAGUAUUCUUCCACAGACUCUGCAAGCGAUGGGAUUUCCUCUCUUACUCCUCUUCCUCUCUUGGCUCACUAAUAUUACAGUCAAUUAUCACGACAGAGCAACUUUAUUUUAUUUAUUUUCCUUUUUAGCACGACCUUCAAUCUACUACGUUGAUCCACCAACCGAAACUGGCACUGAAGAAAACGUGACACUCACCUGUCAGGCAGAUGGUCUUCCACAACCAACAUUCAGUUGGAUAACACCCGACGGUCACGCUGUAAACGCUACAGCGCCAGUUAAUAAAAGUGGAGAACUUGAUGAUGGUAGUGAAAAUAGAAGAGGGAAAAUUCUUCAAAAGGACGGUUCACUCUUGAUAUUUAACACCCGUGAUGCUGACCAAGGUGUUUACAAAUGUGUGGCGAAAAAUGUCAUGGGACAGGAUGAAAGAAGAGUUAACCUCACCGUGAAAGAAGACCUGGUGGGAGUUGAUGUCGCUAUUACCAUCAUGGACAAAGUUUUUGACAAGGAUUUGGAAAACAAGUCUUCAACAAGAUACAAGACACUAGAGAACCAAGUUGAACAAGAGUUAACUACGUUGUUCCAAGGCAUUGAAGGAUUCGAAAAAGUUAUAAUUCUUGGAUUCUUGUAAGUAUAAAACCAUCUUCAGCACUCCUAGCUACAGCCUUAUUCAAAUAGUUUAUUGCUUCAUUUGCUCUCUUACAAAAAUUUCCGCCAUUUUUUUUAUACAGCUGUUUUGGGAAAGGUUCUCCUAUAAACUGUUAGCGCACAUUACAAUGUUUAAAGGUAUUUUAUGGGUAGUGGGCGCUAUCAUUGGUUGAUCGAGGU